ACCCUGCCGAUCGUCACGGCGCGGCGCACGCGCGUGGCCGCUCCUGUGCUCCCCCCACCUCCCCGCGUCGGUCCGCGGCUCCGCCCUGCACCACCUUUGGCCGAGGCGCGGGCGGGGACGCGCACACGGCACAGCGCCUGGGCUGCUGCGGCUUCAGCCGUACCUAGCAUCAGUUGGAAGGCGCGUAUUGCUCCUCUCUUCCUUCCUUCCUUCCUUCCUUCCUUCCUUCCUUCCUUCCUUCCUCCCUUCCUCCCUCCCAUCGCUAUCCCCCCGCGGCCAUGGAGCUGCCCGAGAGCCAGUGCAAGAAAGUCAAGCUGAGCAACAGGGUGCCGAACUGGUCAUAAAGAUGGGGGAAGAUCCAUUUACAGCGAAGACCAAAACGCAGCUAUUUAGAAGAUACACUGCAGGCCUUUGAGAACAUUUGAUACUUUUGAUGAUGCAAGACAAGUGAAAAGUAGUAUGAUUUUUUUCAACUAUGAAAUAGAGCUGAAACAGAUGACGGAUAAGAUCCAGAAAACAUUUGAUGUAAAAGUAACAGUGUAAACCAGUCUUUGAAGUCUUACUGGAAUGCAGAGGGCAACCAAUGUUACCUACCAAGCUCAUCAUGUCAGCAGGAAUAAGAGAGGCCAAGUGGUAGGAACAAGAAGUGGUUUUCGUGGAUGCACAGUCUGGUUAACAGGUCUGUCUGGUGCUGGGAAGACUACAGUGAGCAUGGCACUGGAGGAGUAUUUAGUAUGCCAUGGCAUUCCAUGCUACACAUUGGAUGGUGAUAAUAUUCGCCAAGGCCUUAAUAAGAAUCUGGGUUUCACACCAGAAGAUAGAGAAGAAAAUGUCCGUCGUAUUGCAGAGGUUGCUAAACUUUUUGCAGAUGCUGGUUUGGUGUGCAUUACUUCUUUCAUCUCUCCUUAUACUCAGGAUCGUAAUAAUGCCAGACGAAUUCAUGAAGGGGCAAGUUUGCCUUUUUUUGAAGUAUUUGUGGAUGCUCCAUUGCAUGUCUGUGAGCAGAGAGAUGUUAAAGGACUCUACAAGAAAGCCAGGGCUGGAGAAAUUAAAGGUUUUACUGGGAUUGACUCAGAGUAUGAAAAACCAGAAGCCCCAGAGCUUGUGCUGAAAACUGAUUCCUGUGAUGUGAAUGACUGUAUACAACAAGUUGUGGAACUUCUUCAAGAAAGGGACAUUGUACCAGUGGAUGCCUCUUACGAGGUGAAAGAGCUUUAUGUGCCAGAAAACAAGCUACAGUUGGCCAAAACUGAUGCUGAGUCUCUGUUAACCUUGGAAAUAAAUAAGGUGGAUAUGCAAUGGGUGCAAGUGCUGGCAGAAGGCUGGGCAACACCCCUGAAUGGCUUUAUGAGAGAGAGAGAAUACCUACAGUGCCUUCACUUUGACUGUCUCCUCGAUGGGGGAGUUGUUAAUCUGUCAGUGCCUAUAGUGCUAACAGCUACUCAAGAAGACAAAGGAAGACUGGACGGGUGUACAGCAAUUGCACUGGUGUACGAAGGUCGCCGUGUGGCCAUCCUCCGUAAUCCUGAGUUUUAUGAGCACAGGAAAGAGGAACGCUGUGCUAGGCAAUGGGGAACAACAUGCAAGGAACAUCCCUAUAUCAAGAUGAUUAUGGAGCAAGGGAACUGGCUUGUAGGUGGAGAUCUACAGGUCCUCGAUCGUAUUUAUUGGAAUGAUGGACUUGAUCAAUACCGUCUCACUCCAACUGAGCUAAGGCAGAAAUUCAAGGAAAUGAAUGCUGAUGCUGUCUUUGCAUUCCAGUUACGCAACCCGGUGCACAAUGGGCAUGCUCUUUUAAUGCAGGAUACUCAUAAGCAGCUUUUGGAACGUGGCUACCGGCGCCCAGUUUUACUUUUGCAUCCGCUUGGAGGCUGGACAAAGGAGGAUGAUGUUCCCCUCAUGUGGCGCAUGAAGCAACAUGCUGCAGUACUGGAGGAGGGAAUCUUGAAUGCAGAAACAACGGUGGUGGCUAUAUUCCCUUCCCCCAUGAUGUAUGCUGGACCAACUGAGGUUCAGUGGCACUGUAGAUCACGGAUGGUUGCAGGAGCUAAUUUCUACAUUGUAGGACGAGAUCCAGCAGGGAUGCCACACCCUGACACUGGGAAAGAUCUGUAUGAACCAACCCAUGGUGCAAAAGUGUUGACAAUGGCUCCAGGCCUCCGAGCACUGGAAAUUGUACCCUUCAGAGUUGCAGCCUAUAAUAAGAAAAAGAAAUGCAUGGAUUAUUAUGACUCUGAUCACCAUGAAGACUUUGAUUUUAUAUCGGGGACCCGCAUGCGCAAGCUGGCUCGAGAAGGACAAAACCCACCGGAAGGCUUCAUGGCUCCUAAGGCUUGGACUGUGCUGACAGAAUACUACAAAUCCUUGGAGAAGGCUUAGGCCUCUUAUUAACCGCAGAUCAACCUUUGACACCCGAUUUAUUUACGAGAAGGGGACCACACAGUCGCCGUUCAUGUUGCUUUGUUGUGGUGUCUGUCAGGAAGUUCUUCUCUGAAAACAGACUCUUUCUCCUUAACUUAGCAUCAUUCUUUGCCUGUCCUUAUGGGUUCUAUUAUGUCCUGGCACCUAACUAGCUGCUGUUUUUAAUGUCUUCUCUUUUAUUACAGUUAAUAUUCUUGCAGUAGGAUUUUUAACUCUUGUCUUUUUUUAUAUUCUACUGUCUCUGUCCUAUGACAUCUGCAGCAGUUAAAUAGAUGCAGCUUUUUCAUAUGUUAUUUAAAUUGUUGGGUAGUGUCUGGUUUUAGUAGUUUGUAGGAGAAAAUGCAAUGGUUAGAUGCUUAACUGUGGCUAGAUUAUCUAUAAAUUGAAAAAGUAAAUAAGUUUUAAGACAUCCAUAAACGUUUCCUCAUCUUUAUCUCAUCCUCAUCUUCAGAAGCACUUAACAUUAAUUUCUCACUAUAUGUAAUCAAAAAGCAGAGUUUUUUAUGUAGCAUAAACUUUUUUGCUUUUUUCAUUUAGUUUUGGGAUUCAUUGAGCUGUCUGGUGAUUCUUUUCUGCUGUGGACCUGCGAAGAUGGCCAAGGAGUGAAUAAAAAAAAUACCUAGUUUUCACUUUGAAUUAAUAACUAAUCCAGAUUUCGUUUCUGUUUAUGUAUGUGCUUGUUGCCAUAGAUAUCAGUAGGGCAUGUUUUAUUCAUUUGAUAUAACUGGACAGUUUUUGGUUACAGAUAUACUUGUUCAGCUUGCUAGAACUUCAAAAAAAGUGUGUCAGACCAAUCUUGAAUUCAUGUUUAAUUAUUGCAAGAAAAAUAAAAAAUUCCUUGUAUGUUGGCAUAUCCUGUGAUACAAAUGUUUAGUCCUGAGGUUAAUUUUCUGGCUAUGUUUCAAGGUCUCCAAAGAGUAAUCUUCUUUUCUUGCUUCAGCUUUGCUUGCUUGAAAGACAAAGCAUAUGUUCUUUUUCUAGGAUUCUUUGAAAAUCCUGAAGUUGGUUAAUUUGGUAUGUGAAAUGUUAACUGCUAAAGGAAAACACUUCAAACAUAAAGUAACAUUGACCUGUUGGGAUUGAUAACAUUGGGAUCAAUAUUGGAAUCAAGGAUUUGCAGGUAAUCAGUGUCAGUGUAAAAUUUUUAACCUGUCUUAGCCUUUUAGUUAGAAGGUAUCUCAUAUCCUUGUCACAGAAACUUACUUUUCUGUUCUUAACAGGAGGAACCAACUCAAAACUGUUUUUAAAACGUUGAUGCUGGCCUGCUACUGAGCCUGGGUGAAGCAUAUGUUCAUCUAGAUUUUCUCGGACAUGGGGAAGGUUGUGAUGUAAGGAUGUAAUGACUGGAAUGAAUGCUACUUGCAAUCUUUGUUUACUUGUUUACAGUAAACAGUAUUUAAGACAUA